AUGGUCCAUCACCAAAAAUGCUGUGUUUUUCUGCAAAAGAAACUCGAAAGCAAACACAUGUCAGAUAAGAGAUACACCGUCUUCCCUACGCGUAUGCAAAUGACGACUUACAAAAGCAAGUUGAUAGGCGCACAACUUGGCCACGAUUUGUUGAAGAGGAAGUCUGAUGCGUUGAAUCAAAAGUUCAAGUCGAUUUUGAAGAAGAUCAUUGAUGAAAAAAUGGCCAUGCGUGACUAUAUGAAAGCGUCGUCGUUUUCUUUGGUAUCAGCCAAAUACACUGCGGGUGAGUUUUCUCACGUUGUUGUCCAAAAUGUCAAAAACGCGACUUAUAAGGUGAAGUUGACACAAGAGAAUAUUGCAGGUAUUAAGUUACCCGUCUUCUCCCAAUCCCAUCAAGAAGUUCGACUCCAAGACUUAACUGGUCUUUCUAAAGGUGGUCAGUCCGUCUCAAAUGCACGUCAACAAUACAUUAAAGCCCUUGAUUCUCUUGUUAGACUCGCAAGUCUUCAAACAGCUUUCUUAACACUCGACACGGUCAUUAAAAUCACUAAUCGUCGUGUGAAUGCUCUCGAACACGUCGUCAUCCCAAUGACUAAAGCAACAAUCAAAUACAUCGAAACUGAACUCGACGAAUCCGAGCGUGAGGAAUUCUUCCGAUUGAAAAUGGUUCAGAAAAAGAAGAAGAAAGUCAUCGAGAAGAAGGAAAAAGAGCUCGAACAACGCGCAAUUGCAGCGGCCGCUUUAAAGAAGAAAAAUACUACUACAGACUCAAAGGGAGACGGAAAACCGACAAGUAUUGUCGACGACGAUGAGGAUAUCAUUUUCUAA